AUGGGGACCAGCAGUACCUCUAAGAUGAGGACAGAUGAGAAGGAGAGAAUACAAGCAUCCGGAGGAACCGUUAUGAAUUGGAAUGGUUCUCGUGUUCUUGGUGUACUAGCUACUUCAAGAUCUAUAGGUGAUCGCUACCUCAAACCAUACGUAACAUCUGUCCCGGAGGUCACGGUAACUUCACGAACUGAAAGCGAUGAGUUUGUGAUAUGUGCAAGUGAUGGUUUAUGGGAUAUCAUGUCAAACAAGAUGGCUUGUAAUAUAGCAAGGAGAUGUCUCGAAGGUAAAGUAUCAAGGGGAUCCUCAUCACCUUCAAAUCAUACUAGUAAUGCGGCACUGGCUGCGGCAUUUCUGACGGAAGUUUCUAUGGCCAAAGGAAGUAAAGAUAACAUCAGUGUUGUGAUAGUUGAGUUGAAGAAACUGAAUUAG